GUGAAUCAAGACUUACAGAAGAAGGACCUGUGUAACUUGCAAUCAUGCCAUUCCCCUUUGGCAAGUCCCACAAGUCUCCUGCAGACAUAGUGAAGAACCUGAAGGACAGUAUGGCAGUACUAGAAAAGCAAGAUAUCUCUGACAAAAAGGCUGAAAAGGCCACUGAGGAGGUUUCAAAAAAUCUGGUUGCCAUGAAAGAAAUCUUGUAUGGGACAAAUGAAAAAGAGCCGCAAACAGAAGCGGUGGCACAGCUUGCUCAAGAACUGUACAAUAGUGGUCUUCUUAGCACCCUAGUAGCUGAUUUACAACUCAUUGAUUUUGAGGGUAAAAAAGACGUUGCUCAAAUUUUUAACAACAUUCUCCGAAGACAAAUUGGUACAAGAACUCCCACAGUGGAAUACAUCUGCACUCAACAGAAUAUAUUGUUCAUGCUAUUAAAAGGGUACGAAUCUCCAGAAAUUGCUCUAAAUUGUGGAAUAAUGUUAAGAGAAUGCAUCAGACAUGAACCACUUGCCAAAAUAAUCUUGUGGUCAGAACAGUUCUAUGAUUUCUUCAGAUAUGUGGAAAUGUCAACUUUUGACAUUGCAUCAGAUGCAUUUGCCACUUUCAAGGAUUUACUUACAAGACACAAAUUGCUGAGUGCAGAAUUUUUGGAACAGCAUUAUGAUAGGUUCUUCAGUGAGUACGAGAAGUUACUUCAUUCAGAAAAUUAUGUGACAAAAAGACAGUCACUUAAGCUGCUUGGUGAAUUGCUGUUGGACAGACAUAACUUCACAAUUAUGACAAAAUACAUCAGUAAACCUGAAAAUCUCAAACUAAUGAUGAACCUUCUACGAGACAAGAGUCGUAAUAUUCAGUUUGAGGCCUUUCACGUCUUCAAGGUGUUUGUAGCCAAUCCUAACAAGACACAGCCUAUAUUAGAUAUUCUUCUAAAGAACCAGACCAAACUUAUUGAGUUCCUCAGCAAGUUUCAGAAUGACAGGACCGAGGAUGAACAAUUUAAUGAUGAGAAGACGUAUUUAGUUAAACAGAUCAGGGAUUUGAAGAGACCAGCACAGCAAGAAGCUUAAUUUCCGAUAAACCCCUAAAAUAUUAAACCCAAAUUCUGCAUUUGCUGUUAGAUAUUCAGCAUCAGGCACUCUUAUCGAUUCAUGAGGAACAUUACUGCUAAUCUGCUGUUCAGUGAACGGUUUUUGUUUUUUCUCUCUCCCCUUUUUUUUUUUUUUUUAGUCCAAGCUGAAAAACAUAGCUGCUGCUUUCUUGCACAAUGUGGACUUUCUUGAUAUUUGUGUCAUUUCAGAAUUCAAAGACACUGCUUGUUUUAGAAGUCCUGAGAAAAAGAUUCUAGGUUCAUGAAAGCAAACAUAUAGAUAAUAGUUUGGUUUAGAAAAGAAGGUAUUAAUAUAGUUAAGCAACAGGUUGCAUGCUUGCAAAUCUGAUUAAAUCUGUAUGUUUGCACUUAUCUUGUUUGAGAUAUGAGCACAAUGUGAUCUGUGCAUACUUGGCACCAUAGUAUAAGAUUGUAUGCCUUGAUUUAAAAAAAAUGUGCAGUGCUUUAUUUGUAAUCAAAGGGGAAAUGUAUCUCUGAUGUGAGCUUACUGGGAUAAACUCAUCUUGCAAACAAACUGAUACUGAAACUUCGCAACUUUUAAACGAACGAAAUAGCAAGUUUCAUAAGGAAAUUGUAUAUAUGCCUUUCACUGCUUUCUAGACUUUUGACAUGAUUUGAUUUUUCUGAGAAUUGACUCAUAAACUUGGAAAAAUGUUCUAAGGGUUUUGUUAAUUUUACUUUGAAAGUAUUUCAGACAGUAGAGCUAGCAGUGACACUUUACAUUUCAUUUCAACAAUGCUUGCUGGUUUCUUUUGUAUAUAACUCCUAGGCUGCUCAUUUCUUUAAAAAUAUGAUUUAAUUUGUACAGCAGAGGAAUGUUAUUGUAUUAGUCUGUAACUAUUACCUAAUAUUGAGUUUUGCAAAAUGAAUGCUCAUGUGUAAUUGAAUAUUUCAGAUCACAUGGAAAUGCUGAUUUAACCAUCUUAAGUACUGCAGCAUUAAAAGGAAAAGAAAUCUUUGUAUUCACUUAUCUAAUAGGGUGCCAUCAAUUAGGGUAAGCUAAAAUAUAGAACUGGAACCCUUUAAACUAUAUUCUUACUGGAUAAUAUUGGCCUUACUCGCUUAAAUUAGCAGUAUGUUCAGAUCUACAAAUGGUAAAGAUUAUGUUAAAUUAACAUCAAUUCCCCUUUCUUCUGGGAAAACUACAGUGUCUCUUUUUUGCUUAUAGUAAAUAACUCAGCCCAAUAGUUGUGAAAGUAAAUAAUUUAAUUCCCUUUGACUUCAAGAGAGAGGAUUCCUGGAUGUCCUAGUGAUAACAAGAUAAUUUUAUUUUGUCAAGUUCUCUUCUUUAAUGCUGCAAACUAUCAGUAUUUAUAAAAGAAAAAAGAAACAACUGAUUUUGCACCAUGUUGGUUUUUGUUACUGUGACCACACAAAAAGAUCUUCUAAAUAUCUAAACAAUGCUAUUAAAAUGUAUCUAUUCAUCUUAUAGUAAUGCUAAGAUCACAAGUAACCAGUUUAUGGAUUGGAGUUUGAAAGUUCAAAUUCUGCAUGGCUGAAUCCGAUUGAGAAUGCUGUAAAGUUGUUCAUUGCUUCUUGUCCUCUUGCCAAGUGAAAUAUUUCAAAUCAGCAAAGUGAAACUCCUAAUAGACAUUUUAGUUAAUUUUAAAGCCUUCAUGAGGAAAGUCAUAAUAGCUCCAGAAAAUUGGGUAUUUUCAUUCUAGUAAUACAGAAUUGCUCUUAGCACUGUAAUUGGUCGUUUUAAGGUUCUUAAUCUUUCCUUUGCAAACCCAUUCAUUUUGUCUACUGAAAGGAAAGCAGCUUAAUCUUACUGAAAAUUUGAGAGAUCUGUUUUUAAAAUCACUUAUAGGCAAGCAAAUUGGCCAUGAGAUGGUGUUAUAGUUCAGUACUAACAGUCUAUUAUAUUUUGGUUUAUCGUAGUUAAAUGGAAGAAAACAUUAUUUGCCAAGUUAUUCUCCAUAACAUGUAAGGCUUCCACUUUAGAAAAAUGUAGAAAUGCUGAAGAUUUAUAUAUGUAAAGAAGUGGGGGAAAAAAUGAAUUGGGGUAUUGGUUUUCUCACUCUUCUGUUGGGCCUGAGAAACAGUGGAUAAGAUAACUUUUUUAACAUGUGAAAACAUUUGAAUGUUGGCAUUCAAGAAGUUGUAUUUAAAGAUCAUUUGACAUGCUAUUCAUAUUAAAAAGAUUCUGUUGUUCUGGAAGUGGUUUCUUCUCAUCUACGUGAAGGCUUAACAAUAUAUUACUAGAAGUUA